UAGGGGGUGGGUAGGAAAGCGUCGGAAUGAAGAGUUAGGUUGCCCAAGGUGAUAUCUGGAAAUAUUGCAAAUUACGGCCGCAAAAGUCGAAGUUCUCCAAGCCGACUUUGCACCCGGCGGUGCUCCCGCGCCGGGGAUCGCGCAGCCCACAGCCGCCCUCGCCGGUGAACGUUCUUCGGGGCGCUCCCUCGAGUCCCGAGAGGAGAGCGGCCUGUGAGCCCUGGAAGUUUUCCCGAGGCUCGCUCCUCUCAGCGGGGUUGGGCUGUCAGUUCGUGGGCCUGCGGGAUCGAAUCCCCCGUGGGUGAACAGAGCCCUCGGCGGUUGAGACCCAGAUCCUGCUGAGCGCGGGAGGUGACCCCGGCCAGGUGCACUGUGGUCAGGGCCAGGUACAGGAUGUCUGAAGGUGACAGCGUGGGAGAUUCUGUCCAUGGGAAACCUUCUGUGGUGUACAGAUUCUUCACAAGACUUGGGCAGAUCUAUCAGUCCUGGCUAGACAAGUCCACGCCUUACACGGCCGUGCGAUGGGUGGUGACGCUGGGCCUGAGCUUCGUGUACAUGAUUCGAGUCUACCUGCUGCAGGGCUGGUACAUCGUGACCUACGCCUUGGGGAUCUACCACCUCAACCUUUUCAUAGCUUUUCUUUCUCCGAAAGUGGAUCCUUCCUUGAUGGAAGACUCAGAUGACGGCCCCUCGUUACCAACCAAACAGAAUGAGGAGUUCCGGCCCUUUAUUCGAAGGCUUCCGGAGUUUAAGUUUUGGCACGCGGCGACCAAGGGCAUCCUCGUGGCCAUGGCCUGUACCUUCUUUGAGGCUUUCAAUGUCCCGGUGUUCUGGCCCAUCCUGGUGAUGUACUUCAUCAUGCUUUUCUGUAUCACCAUGAAGAGGCAAAUUAAGCACAUGAUAAAGUACCGGUACAUCCCGUUCACGCACGGCAAGAGGACGUACAAGGGGAAGGAAGACGCGGGCAAGACGUUUGCCAGCUAGGCACUCAGCUGGACCCAUCAGAGUCUGAGGACGGUUCUGCGCCAUUGUAACAAUGCCUUCUUCCUUCACAUAAAGUAGUUGAUUUCGAGGGAGUCGAAUUUUCUUUUUAAAAAGGAGCUUCAAUUAUUUGUAACUGAAACAUCAGGUUUUUGAAGAAACUGACAUUUAAACCAAAUUGCAUUGAUUUAUUUUUCAGUGACGUUCAAGUGUUCAAAUGGAUGGAAUUCUAGUAAACCGCAGGCUGGGAGGACUGUCGGGUGGGGUGAGGGGUGGGGCGGGUGGUCUCAGUUGUCGUGUGGUCCUGGAACGGACCUGCACGGAAGGAGCCAGGUCUCGCCCCAGCUGCCCCCCGCACCCCUGGACGCCACGGCCACGUCGCCCAGCUGGAUGAUGAGGCUAACCUGAUUCCUGCGCUUUGGAAGAACAUUCGAAAGGUGAUUUUCAAGUAACUCUGGGGUUCGAAUGCCAGUUUCCCAAUUUCAUCUCACGAGAGAUGUUUCAAGUUGGUCUCUAUCAUAAUGACUCAAAACUCUGUUCUUAACUACCAUGAUUGCUUUUGAGGGCCUGGAAUUAUAAAUAUAUAUAUUAUAUUUUAAUUGUUUGGAAUUAUUUUGACACAUUUCUUUGAUACCUGAAGAGUUGUUUGUUUUUGAUUAAUUUAAAGUUGAUCUCAUGCAGCGGCCCCUUUAUAGAAACAACUGGUAAGAGCAGACCAGUUUGUGGGUUUUAACACAUGGCUUCUCACUUUCUACAGGAAAACAGAACUCUGACCCGCAUGUCAACUUUUUUGAUGUGAUAAAAACAAAUACUCGUAAACAUUUUACUAAGUGACUUUUUAAUUCCAACUUUAUUAAAGACAGUGUCCCCUUU